UUUUAAAGAAGGAACAAAAACCACCUGCGAUUUUCAGUCACAUGACUGACAUCACAGCUCCCCUAUGCAUCACUGCACACAAACACGCGCGCCUCCCAGAGAGCCCUCUGAUCUGACGACAUUUUUCCCGGUACUGUCCCCAGGUAUUUUACGAGACACCCACUCGCAGGUCCAGACAGCAUUACCCGAUGACGGGAAACACGCAGUGAUACCCACAAAGCAUCCGCCCAGUGCUGGGCACAGAUCUCAUCCCUAUCAUAAUUAACGGCAUCAUCAUUUACUAUUUAUACCGCACCCCCCCCCCCCCAUAUGCAAUGCAUCUCAUCGCAGGGGAUGCAGAAGACGGGAGAGAUGUCCGUCCGUCACGACAGCGCGGCUGCCUCCUCCUCAAGGCGCAAUCGCUGGCACGUCAGCCGCUCUUCUUGGCAGGGCAGGGCCCUGGACUCGGAGGCCGUCCCUUUCGCGAGCGGCGAGGACAGGGCCCGUACCGGUGCCGCUGCGUGGCCACAGGAGGCCUCACGCGGGCAGCAGGCGGAACGGACAAGUGGCCGUCGGAGACACGAUGGCACGGAGCACAGUGGCUCAGAGAAUCGGUACCCAAGCAGGCACACCAAGUUCUCCACGAAGGAUUGGCUGGUGGAGCUGCUGAGCUUGGGCCGGGAGGACGCCGAGGAGACGCUGCUGAGCCUGGGCUUUGGGGACGAGGACCCCGACUCCGUGGCUCGUGUCCCCCAGCGUUUCCUGCAGGCACCGUCACGAGCCCAGGGCAUCAGUGCCGACCUCCUGCAGCAGACCCUGGCGCGGCGCAAUGAUCAGGACCACCUGAUUAUCCUGGAUCGUUUCAAGCAUGCACACAAACUGCCGGCUCAUUUUUUUACCACGAGCUUAGCAGAAUGGGAUGCAGGGGCUGUAAAUCCAGCUUCUCGGGAGUUUCAUCUGGAGCCGAUGCCAGGGUCGACACAAUCGAGAGCAUCGCCGUGCCAGAAAGUAGACGGCGGCGAUAAUGUCGCAAACCAAAGGAGGUGUGGCAGACACUCGGGCAGGGCCUGGUUGAUUCAGCAGCUUAGGAGGAGCGUUUCCUGGCAGAGCGUGGUGGAAGAACCCACGGUGCCAUCACACAACGUUAACCAAAGUUCGUGUCACAGCCUUGAUGUUUGGGCUGACGUCGAAUCACCUGAAUCUUCUCCCACAGAGCAAGGGGUUUUUCAAAAGACCGGCCACAACGAAUGCCUUUCUAAGGCCACCAGUGAACUAAAUUUAGACCGCGCAACUAUAAAUUCAUACACGGAAAGGGAUGACAUCCAAAAACACGUGGAUGCUCAAGAACUGCCAGAAAGUGAUGGCUUUGUCCGCCAAAAGUGUGUGGGCAGGUCAGUGGGAAGACCGUUUCGCAAGAAGAGCAAGGAAUAUUCAAACGACGGCGUGGAAGACUUUGAAGAGCUGUCCCGUGAUGAGAACGCUUGUCUGACCGACAAGAGAGCCGUUCCACUCGUACUACCACCUCGAAGGGACGGCAAUGGUAACGGUGGCUGCCACACAGACGAGCGUGGACCGGCGGGCGCCCCGCAGGAGGCUGACGACGCGAACUCAGGCGGAGCAUCGUGCCCAGGCGGACAUCUCCCACAAUCCCUGCAGCACGACGACGCGUGCCAGAAGGACUCGUUUGAGAUGGACGAGGUGCGCAGCGAGGAUGGAGAGGGCAUGCAUGGAGCGUGUGUGGAUGGGAGUUCCGGUGCUGAAGCCGACCUUGUGCGAACAAGUAGCGUGCAGUCGGACAGCAGUGGCUACUCAGAGGAGCCAGCUGGAGAUCAGACGCCUGCACUGCCACCGCCGCCUCCACCACCGCCUUCAGGGGGCGUCACAGAUUCCGCAGAGACGUGGAUCCUGGAGUGAACGAUCGUCGCCAUUAGUGAAGAACAAACACAAAUGCGUGGCUCCGUUUGGUACGGUUAGAUUGUCUAACGAGAGAAACUUAAUUUAUUAAUCUAAUUUUCUAUUUAUCUUUUUGUAUGUAUACAUGGUUUCCUUUGCAAGAGGGACUUGUUUCAUUGAGCUCUGACCUGGUAAAAGAAAGCCUACUACUUCUGCUUAAAUAUGCUUGUAUUAGAGUCCAGGAAUUAAUAUAAAUGUUUAAUAAUAAGACAACAAUAGAAACUGGUUUAAUGGUUAUUCCAACUUAAGUACUUUUACACCAGAUAUCAUGUUAAAGCACAAUGCGAGACGUUUUAAGUGUGUUUUGUAAGAUGAGCUCAGGUGGAUCACCCUUGCUGGAUUACAUUCUGCUGCUGUCAACAAAAGCAUAACUGUGUAAUCACGUAUGUCAUGAGCUGAACUGGACAUUACGCAAAGCAUCUGUUUAUCAUCAGGAUGACUGAUACCUAAACCACACCACUAAAUUAGUCUUAAACAAUUGUGCAAUACGAUACAGUAAAAUAAACAUAAAUGCUCCAAUAAAUGUUUACAAGUUAUCAGCA